UCCGCUUCUCCCCGACCAGCAGCAGUGACCAGCAGCGCUGGGGUUUCCCCGUAGCCGUCGCGCACACCGUCGUCUGUCCGGUUUCAGGGCUCCCCAGCUGGGGCAUGCCCGGCCAUGUUCGAUCUAAACGGCGGCUGGAACUUGUCCUUUGCCGGAUGCGGGUUCCUGGGGAUUUACCACGUCGGAGUUGCCAGCUGUCUGCUGGAGAAAGCGCCCUACCUCAUUAAAGGGGCCACUAAGCUGUACGGAGCCUCCGCCGGUGCUCUGACCGCCUCAGUGCUCGCCAGCCAGGCAUCCAUAACUAAAUGCUGUGAAGAUGUGAUCGAGGUGGCUAAAGAGGCCAGGAAGAGGAACCUGGGGCCUCUUCACCCAACCUUCAACCUGGUCAAGGUGCUGAAGUUGGGCCUGCAUCGUGACCUGCCCUCUGACGCACAUGUCCUGGCCUCAGGACGGCUGUGCGUCUCGCUGACCAGAGUGUCCGACGGGGAGAAUGUGCUGGUGUCAGAGUUUAGUUCCAAAGAGGAACUCAUUCAGGCGCUGGUCUGUAGCUGUUUCAUUCCCAUCUACUGCGGGCUGAUUCCUCCGUCUUUCAGAGGAGUGCGUUACGUGGAUGGCGGGAUCAGCGACAACCUUCCCCAGUCGGAGCUGAAGAACACCAUCACCAUCUCUCCCUUCUCUGGCGAGAGCGACAUCUGUCCCCGGGACAACUCCACCAGCUUCCAUGAGCUACGUUUCACCAACACCAGCAUCCAGAUGAACCUGGGCAACAUGUACCGCCUCAGCAGGGCCCUGUUUCCACCAGAGCCUAAGGUAUUGGCUGAGAUGUGUCAGAGUGGUUAUAAGGAUGCUCUACGCUUCCUUGAAGAAAACAACCUGUUGAUGCUGGAGCGUCCCACCUCUGGCCCUGCCCUGCAAGAGAGUCCGCCCAACUGCUGCUGCAAGCACACAGAAACCACCAAAGAGUGGGUGCUCCGGAGGCUCCGCCUACUGCGUAAACAGCACUGGUGGCUGGAUGAGCAGAUCGCUCUCCCUACGCCCAUCAAGAAAGUGUUCUGUGAGGCCUGCCAAGACAAACCUGGCCUGUAUGCCACAGUGUCCGAGAUGCUGCCAGUGAGAGUGGCCUCCUACAUGCUCAUGCCAUACACACUUCCUGUACAGUCGGCCUACUCAGCGGCCCAGAGGUUUGUGGAGUGGAUUCCAGAGGUACCAGCUGAUGUGCGCUGGCUGGUUGGGAUGGCAGGUAACGUGUACCGACAGGCCUGGAAAGGAGCACCAUCCAACUCCAUUAGUGAGCCGUGCCUGAGGAAAUGCUUGAGCGUGCCGCCUCUAUCGACGGAGUGCGAGAAACCCAUGGACAGAGACAAACUGCCUGCUCUAUCCUCCCUAGACCUCCAUGGCAACUACUGGGAGAUCCCCAAAUCUACCUCCUCUUCCUCCCACCAUCAUCCUCACAUCGCCCCCUCCUCUCCGCAACAAGUCUGCUUCUUUGUAGGCUCCCAGGAUGAACCACACAGCCAUGUACAGCAGUAAAAUGAUUCAGGACCUGCACUUUAACAAUUAUGUGGUCAGAUUUCCACUCUUUCUGUGAGUGGUGGUAAAAAUUUAAACCAAUGAGCAAUGGUGCGUACAUGUUUUAAGGACACACAGAUUUUUCUCUGACUCUGAACACUCCAGGCAGCACCACAUGUAUUAUAUUUUAAUGAGUGCACUGGAAGACAGAGUUGCAAAUCACUCAGGAUCAUGGAUGUGUGGAUGGAUGGAUCUGUUUUAAUGAACAGCACAGAAAUGUGUCUACUUUUACAGUCUAACUACAACCCUACCUACCUGUUUGUAUAAAUGUAUCCAAAUGUAGCAUUCAUUCCUCAUUCCAAUACAGUUAAUUGAAUCAAGAGUGCUCUGUCUCUUCUGAAGUGGUUCUCCUUCUCUGUCUGUCCUUUUCAUUGUCUGUUGAUUUUUGUUGUUGUUGUUGUUGUUGUUGUAUGAUAUCUCCAGGCACCAUCAGUCAGCCUUUAAGUGAUGCAACUUCUGGCAGCAUUAGUGGAGAUCUGCCAGACUGCAUUUCUACAUUUCUCAACAUAUGUAAUGUUGCUUUUAACAGGCAAGUUAUAAUUUCUCCAAAAAUCUAAACAAUUUUAUUUUUAGACAGCACUCAAUUUUUAGCAAACUAAAAAUGUUUUGGUCAGCUCUUUUGACAGUAAAGCUUCUGUAGAGGUCAUUAUUAUGACUUAAUUUGCCAAAAUGAAACCCAAAUGUGCUCAUCAAGAGAGUGCAACCAGUGUUGUAAUAUACAGUAUAUAUAGCCUACUGUAUAUAUAUUGUAAUAUCAGUGUUACCAAUGUAUGGUCUGACCUUCAACUUGUAAAUCUGUUUUCAUGUCACUUUAAUUAUUAUUACAUUAAUGUACUUUAAUAUUCUCUUAAGAUUAAACAAUUUUAAAAGUUG